CUAAACCCUAAUCUCUCUCUCUCUCUAUAUUUAUCUCGAAGAUUCUACUUUUAGACCUAAAUAAGUUUCCAUUUCCAUCUCUAACCAAUAUGUUGUAGAAUCUCCCGUAAAACCAUCCUCGAUUCCGAAGGAGUCGGAUGCGAAAUCUUUGAAUCGAAAUCCAUGCUCGGGGAUGGAGGUUCUCGGAGUUGAUAUUACAUCGUCGCAGCGCAAAGUAGUUGAUGAAGAAAUCAAUCUUUUCCCUACUACGGAAGGCAAAGUCAAACCUAAACCAGUUCAAGGACACGGCGAGUUGAUCGAAUUAGGUUUUGUCGAUACUAAAGAUGGAACGAAAGGAGAGAGAAAAGAAGUGGAAGACGUGGCGAAUCCCAAUACCCUGAAGAAUGCCGUGGAUGAGUGGCCUGUUGCUAAGCAGAUCCGUUCCUUUUAUUUUGUCAAACUCCGGCUAUACGAGGACCCUAAACUGAAGGCGAAAAUUGAACAAGCCGAAAAAGAGAUUCAGAAGAAGAACCAAGCUCGUUACCAGAUAACUGAAGCCCUAAAAGCAAAGAGGUCCGAGCGAGCCGGUAUAAUUUCGCUGUUGAAGCCUUUGACAGCAGAAAAGAGACAAUACAGUGAAGCCAUGAAUGAGAAGAUGAAGGAAAUGGAGCCUCUUCAGAAUGCUUUAGGAAAGCUUCGCAAUGAAAAUAAUGCUGUGAGGGAGAAGGGCAUGGGUUUGUGCUCUUCUGAGGAAGAACUCAACAAUAGGAUUAAGAGCAUACACUAUCAUAUCAGUCAUGAAAGCAUAUCCCUUGACGAGGAAAAACGAUUGUUGAAGGAAAUCAAACAGCUUGAAGGAACAAGGGCAAAAGUUAUUGCAAAUGCUGCUAUGAGGACGAGAAUUCAGGAUUCAAUAGGUCAGAAGGAAGCAAUUCAAGACCAAGUUAAACUAAUUGGAGCUGAUAUUAAUGAAGUUAAAAAGGAACGAGAAGCAAUCAGGGCACAAAUUAAGGAAUUAGAGGAACAGCUAAAGGCUAUCGAUGGUGAGAUUAGUUCUUUAAGGGAGCAACUUGCAUCCAUGAAUGAUAAAAAGGAUAAGGCGUUUGGCACCAUAAAUGAGCUGAAAAGAGCGCGAGAAGAUGCAAAUGCAUGCUAUUACCAAAAUCGCUCGCUCCUGAACAAUGCCAAAGUACUUGCCGCAAGGAAGGAUGUAGCAACCCUAAAGGACUCUCCCACAGUGAGGUGUGUAGAGAAGUUCAUGUGCCAGUGGAGCAAUAGCAAAGCCUUCAGAGAGGACUACGAGAAGAGAAUAUUGCCCUCGCUCGAUAGCCGGCAAUUGUGCAGGGACGGCCGGAUGAGAAAUCCUAAUGAAAAGCCCAUAAUUCUAGAAGUACAGCAAGCGACAGUGCCAGAUACUACACCAGCAAAAAAGACAAUAAAUCAAGCAAAAAAGGAUCCCCAACCUAUUCCAACAAGAGUUGAUACCGCUUUUAAUGAAAAGGUUGUCGACAAAGUGACUACUUCUAAAUUGGUGGAAGCACCAGCGAAAAUAAAGACGACUAGUCCAGAGGUUAAUGUAGAUAGUCAUGAUAAUGAAAAGUCUAGGAAAGAACCGUUAAAAGCUAGCGAGAUGGAUGCUGAGAAGCUGAGAGAGUUGAAACGAGAGGAGGAGAUUGCGAAGGCCAAGUUGGCAGAGGAAAGAAAGAAGAAGCUUGCCGAGAAGUCGGCAGCAAAAGCAGCGGCGCGAGCUCAGAAGGAAGCUGAUAAGAAGUUCAAGGAGAAAGAGAAAAGAGCUAGAAAGAAAGCUGCAGCAUCGGUACCUGCAACACAUGAUGAUCAGAUCGAAGUAGAGAUGAAGGUCGAGGGUGUAUUAGAAGCUGAAGCAAAAGCAGCAGUUCCUUCUCCGGUCGAAGCUAAAGGACAACAGGAAAAUACUAGGCACCGGAACUCACAGAAGAAGCAGAAAAAACUUCCGAAGGUUGUACCGAAAAGACAAAGGUCUCAGUCAUAUUGGUCGUGGGCCACUCCUGCCACGAUAGUCGCAUCAUUACUCACCCUCAUGCUUGUUGCUGUGUUAGGGUACUACUACUUUUCUGCGUGAAACUGAAGAUUACUAAACUUAAUGGUAGCGAAGCAGUUUAGGGUGGUCUGUACUUGCAAUCUCAGUUAUAGUAGUUGUAUGAAAAUACUGAUCUGUGUAGAUUACUGAAAGGGGUUGUAGUUGUUUUGCUGAUACUGACAUUUCUGAAUAUUUUAAUAGUCACAGAGAUGAAUAGAUAGUUUGUUUGCUAGAUAUGUAAUAUUUGAUUUGAGUUAUUUGUUGUAACAAAAUUUUGGUUUUCUUAAUGUACAAUCAUAAGCUGUGACAGUUGUAUUGAUUUGUGUUGUAAUAAGUUUAUGGCUGGUGACUAAGAACAGCUGCAUA